CCAUGCGGCUGCCUCGCUGCGCACGGCGCACCGGUGCACGCGCCGCGCCGAUGGGGCUCUCCUGUGCGACGAAUCUGGCCAGUGCGAAGCCUGACUCCGGCGUCGACCGGUCGCCGGAGCUGAGGUAGCCGCCGAUGACCAACUGUACAGUGCACCGAUCGCACUAGCCAUCAAGAUUAGAAUGGUUUGAGUCGUUUUCAGAUUCCAAAGUUCUUUCUCGACCUUUUUUUUGUUUCUUUUACUAUGUUUUCUUUCAUUCCCAGCUUCGUUUUCUAGCGGUAAGUUUGUUCCAAUCAUCUCGGCGAUUUUCGAUGAAAUCCUUUUUCUUCUCGUAUACUUUACUCCCAAUCGUUCGGGAACAUCUAAGUAUCUAACACUACACCUGGGACUCUGGGACUGGGAAGAAGUUAAGGUUGUGCUAGGAAGACUCUGAAAGGAUCGCUCGAUCAUGGCGUCACCUCGUCGAGCUGCUCUCUGCCUCGCUCUAUGCCUUCUCGUCCUACCGCGCCCGCCGGCGGCCGCGGCGCAGAUCACCAACCUGACGGCCGGGACGGCCCUGGCGCCGCCAGGAUACAUCACCAGCCCGUCGGGCGUCUUCGCGUUCGGCUUCCGCGCGCUCGACUCCGACCCCACGCAGUUCAUCCUCGCCACGUGGUUCCGCCUCGACGGCGGCGCCGCCAACGGUAGCAGCGGAAACAGCAGCUCCCCCACCCCGCCGCAGAACGUGGUGUGGUUCGCCAAGAAGGCGGACACCGGCGCGACGCCGCUCGCCACGGCGCGGUCCGCGCUCAGCGUCACGCCCGACGGGCAGCUCGCGCUCAUGGACGGCGCCAACGGGAGCAGCAGCGUGCUGUGGUCGCCGCCCGCGAACUCCAGCGUGAAGCGCGCCUCGGUCCUCGAGCUGCUCGACUCCGGCGACCUCCGGCUCAUCGCGGACGGAGGCGGCGUGCUGUGGCAGAGCUUCGCGCACCCGAGGGACACGCUCCUGCUGGGCCAGUCCGUCGCCUGGGACGCCGGGGCCACCGGGAAGCUCGUGUCCAAGCGCGCCGACGCGGAGUUCACCACCGGACGGUUCAGCCUGGGCGUCCAGGCGGACGGCAACGUCGUCCUCUACGUGGACCUCCGCGACGGCAACGACCCCGACAACUCGUACUGGCAGGCGCACACCAACGGCGGCGGCGGCGGCACGGUCGUCUCCUUCGACGAGCCAGGACGCCUGUACUACACCCUCCGCAACGGCACCGUCCAGAACCUCGUGCCGCCCAUGCCCAACUCCACCCUCGGCAAGUACUACCAGUUCGCGAGGAUGAACCCCGAUGGCAUCGUCCGUGUCUACGCCCGCCCGAAGAACGGCGGCGGGAACGCGUCGUGGACCGUCUCCGGCGCGUUCCCCAGCAACGGCUGCAGCCGGAGGACGUCCGGGCUCCAGGGCCUGUGCGGCCCGGGGUCUUACUGCGUCGAGACCAAGGACCGGCUCAGCUGCGAGUGCCCGAGCGGGUACACCUACAUCGACCCGCAGCACCGGGACACCGGCUGCGCGCCGGAGUUCGCGCCGCAGAGCUGCGGCGCGGAGGACGGCGACCCGGCCGCGUUCGCGCUCGUGGAGGUGCCGAACACUACCUGGGAGACGUCGUUGCACUACGAGGAGCUCUCGCCGGCCACGGCAGAUCAGUGCCGGGACUACUGCCUCAACGACUGCUUCUGCGCCGCCGCCCUGAUCACCGGCGGGACAAAGUGUAUCGAGAUGGCGGCGCUGACGAACGGGCGGCAGGCGAACGACCCUGCGACCAAGGCGCUGAUCAAAGUGCGGACGACCAAGACUCCCGCCGCCUCCUCGCCGGGAACGCGAACCAUACUGCACUACAGGAUCAUCGCCGGCUGCUUGGCGUUUCUAUCGCUGGCAACCAUCGGUGGGCUCCUGGCCCAGCACCACCUCAACAGGAAGAACACGGCGAGGCAGCGGCUGCUGGGCGUGAGAGCCUUCAGCUGGAAAGAGCUCUACCGCGCCACCAACGGCUUCGAGAAGCUGCUGGGCAGAGGGAGCUUCGGCGAGGUGUACCAGGGCGUGCUGAAAUCUCCGGGGAUGACGACGCAGCCCAUCGCGGUGAAGAGGCUCGUCGCCUCGAACGAGUACAGCGAGCGGGAGUUCGCGAACGAGGUGCAGUCGCUGGGGCAGAUCCACCACCGGAACCUUGUCCGCAUGGUCGGGUACUGCAAAGAAGGCCGGCACCGGAUGCUGGUGCUCGAGUUCAUGCCGGGCGGGUCGCUCCGCGGCGCCCUCUUCAAGCCCGGGGCGCGGCCGCCAUGGCGGUGGCGCGCCGAGGCCGCGCUCGGCAUCGCCCGGGGGAUCGAGUACCUCCACGACGGGUGCGCGUCCCCGAUCAUCCACUGCGACAUCAAGCCCGACAACAUCCUCCUCGACGGCGAGUGCGCGCCCAGGAUCACCGACUUCGGCAUCUCCAAGCUCCUCGGCGGGGAGCGGGUACACGCGACAGUGACCAACGUGAGGGGCACCCGCGGGUACAUCGCGCCCGAGUGGCUCCGCGGCGAGGCGCGCGUGGACACCAAGGCGGACGUGUACAGCUUCGGCGUCGUGUUGCUGGAGAUGAUCUGCUGCCGGCGGUGCCAGGAGCCGGUGCCGGACCACCGGGGCGCCGGCGACGAGACGGUCACGCUGUUCGGGUGGGCGGGGCAGUUGGUGGGCGCGCGGAGGACCGAGCUGAUGCUGCGUGGGGAUGACGACGACGCCGCCGCCGCGGAGGAGGACCUGGCGAGGGUGGAGCGGUACGCGCGCGUGGCGCUCUGGUGCAUGGAGCCCAACCCGGCGCUCCGGCCGACCAUGCACCAGGUGGCGCGGACGCUGGAGGGCGCGGUGGACGCCGAGGCGCCGCCGGACCCUCCCGGCUGUUACCUGGAGUCCUCGCCAUUGAUCCCGAUUGCUGACAAGAAACAAUGAAGCGAUCUCAGGCAAAUGCUGCUUAAUUGUGUUUGGGUUUUGUGAACAAACUGUAGUUUUGCUAGGGUGAUCAGCAGUUCACCGCAUGUAUAUUCAGCCAAAUUUGCGGUUUUCAAAU